AAAAGAAGAACAGUAAUUAAUCAAUAUAAAUAAUAACGUAGUUAGAUUAUAGACUCCUUAUAGUGAUAUUCAUCUCUGAUAAAAACUGAUCAUCGAUCAUCGGUUUUCUCAUUUAAAAAAAAAUUAACAUUUGUCCAUCAGUAACAUUUGUGUGUCUUCUUUCAAUCUCGUUACAUCUGUAUCCCGUGGUCCUUGCCUGUUUAAAUUCUUUAAAAUAUACGAUAAAUUUUAAAACCAUGUCUCGUGAUUUUAAUAAUUGGACCAGACCUAGGAGACCAAGCGGACGGAAUUGGAGUAGUCAAAAUAAUAGACCACGACAUCCGCCUGGUCUACGAGGCGUUGAAAUUGGAAUGUAUUACAGAGGACUACAAAAGAAAAAAGCGAAAAAAGACGUUGUGAUAAAUUUAAAAAUCCCCGACGCAGUUAUGACAGCUCUUGACAACAACCUUCGAGCCAUAGUGAAAAUUGCUACUAGUCGAAAUAUUUCUUUACCUCCUAUGAAGAAUUUUGAUAGUUUUAAAAACAAUACUCAUAUAAAAGAUGGUAGUAAUAAAGAGGAGAAAAUUAAUGUAAAAUAUGAAUUGAGUGAUUCUUGUGAAGCCGGUCCUUCUCAAGAUCUUGAUUUUAUUCCAAUAAAGCAAGAGGAAGAAGAUGACUAUAAACCUGACCCAACAAUUUGUCCAUUAAGACCUUCGAGCAAUUACAAAUAUGGCUAUAAUGAUAUUAUAACAGGGACAUUUAAUGACAAAUUAGAAGAAUGUAUAGCAAAAGGCAUUAAUAUAAAUUUUGUAAAUGCAGAAACUGAAAAAGUAAAUAUAGCUUUAUGUAGUGAAUAUGAAGAUAUGGUACAAAGUAACGGUUAUAAAAGCAUGAUGAAGUUUAGAGAAAAAUUACCAGCAUAUUUUAAAGCUAAUGAAAUUUUGGAGGUGAUUGAAAAGAAUCAAGUAAUUGUCAUUAGUGGGGAGACAGGCUGUGGCAAGUCAACACAAGUACCACAAAUUAUUUUAGAUUAUGCAAUAAAGGCCAAAAGAGGAGCUAAUGUAAAAAUUUUAGUUACUCAACCAAGACGUAUUGCUGCCUCUUCUUUGGCUAUGAGAGUUUCUAAAGAGAGAGGGGAGAAGCUUGGUAAUUCUGUUGGUUAUGCUGUGAGAUUAGAAACAGUUGAAGAAAGACCUCGUGGAAGCAUAAAGUUCUGUACCACUGGUAUAUUAUUAGCGGAGUUGGAAGUUAAUCAAAGCUUAUCCAAUUAUAGCCACAUUAUCUUAGAUGAGGUUCACGAAAGAGAUGUCCAUGUAGACUUGUCUAUGUGUAUGUUAAAACAAGUUCUAACAAAGCGAAAAGAUUUAAAACUAAUUCUUAUGAGUGCAACUCUAGAUGCAGAAAGUCUGUCGAGUUAUUUUGAUAAUUGUCCUCUGAUGCAUAUAGAAGGUCUGGCAUACCCAGUUAAAGAUAUUUAUUUGGAAGAAAUAUUGGAAAUAACAAAGUACAAUUUGCCACCAGAAAAAGCUAAGCCAGAACAACCUAAAUGGAUGAUGUAUAGGAAUAAGGGAAGUGCUAAUGUAAUGGAAAAGAACAUCAAAUACCGAGCUGAAAUUAAUAAAUGGUUGGAAUCAAGAAAGAGAGAUUUAAGCAGCAAUGUAUACAAAACUCUACAAGACUCUAGAAUUGAAGACAUAAAUUUAGAUUUGAUUGUCGAACUUUUGAUUCACAUAUGCAAGGGAAAACCAGGCGCUAUUCUCGUUUUUUUGCCAGGUAUUGGUGAAAUUACGAAACUUAUAAAAUUAUUAUACGAAAACAAUUUUUUUAUACCAUAUAAUUUCGAAAUAUACCCAUUACAUUCAAAGUUACCAACGUUAGAUCAGUACAAGAUAUUUGAAAGGCCCGAAGAACAUAUUAGGAAAAUUAUAAUAGCAACUAACAUUGCUGAAACAUCAAUAACAAUUGAUGAUAUUGUGUAUGUUGUGGACUGUGGUAAGAUCAAAAUAAGUGGCUUGAAUGUUGAACAAAAUAUAACCACUCUACAGACUGAAUGGGUGUCACAAGCCAAUUUACGCCAAAGGCGUGGUCGCGCUGGUCGAUGUCAGCCAGGUAUAUGUUACCAUUUACUAACAACGUAUCGCGCAGAACAAAUCCCUGAGAGACUCCUACCGGAACUGCAACGAAGUAAUCUAUUGGAACCAGUGUUAAUGAUUAAGAAACUUCGUUUAGGAAUGGCAAAGGAUGCCUUAAAGUUAGUGCCGUCACCGCCAGCAGAAACAACUAUUCAGUGGGCUGUAAAACAUUUGCAGAUGUGUGGAGCCUUAGAUGAUGGAGAAACAUUGACACCUCUUGGUUGGCAUUUAGCAAGAUUGCCAGUACACCCUGCUGCAGGAAAACUAGUGCUUUUUGGUGCCCUCUUUGGUUGCCUUGACCGAGCAGCCAGUGUAGCUGCUGUUUGGGGUUUCAAAGACCCCUUUCAAUUUGUCAUAGGUAAAGAGAGAAAAAUUGACAUUACGAAACGUAAUUUAGCACUUGAAGAGCCAAGUGACCAUAUCGCAAUUUCUGAAGCUAUUUUAAAAUGGGAAAAAUGUUCCCCAUCAUCAAGGCGGUCAUUUGCGUAUGAUAAUUUCCUUUCGAAUAACACAUUGGAAUUGCUAUCUGAUAUGAAGAAACAACUCGCUAAAGAGCUACGUCAAAUGGGAUUUUUGAAGCAGGGUAAUAUCCAUUCCGUAUGGGAAAAUCGAAACGCAAAUAAUUUGAGCUUAUUUAAGGCUAUUGUUGCUGCAUCGUUAUAUCCAAAUGUAGCGUUUGUCAAGUGGUCAAACCUUAACAAACGUCACAAGGCACCAAAAUUUUCGGUAUUCAGUCCAGAAGAUGGAAAGUUAUCUAUACAUCCAAGUAGUGUAAUGUCCGGAUUAAGGGGUGCAAAUCCCUGUAAAAAUCCUGGAGUUAACUGGGUCGUCUAUUGGUUGAAGCAAAGAACAUCAGAACUGUACCUAUUAGAAGUCACCUUUAUAUAUACACUACCAUUAUUAUUUUUUGGAGAGUUUGCUGUUACUGAUGAUGUAGAAAGCCCCCAAAACUGCCUGCUGUCAAUAUCAAAUAUCAAAGUUCGAUGUAAUAGAGACAGCGCCAAUGUAUUCAUGGAAUUAAGAAGUCUACUGGACAAAGUGUUAGCAUCAAAAAUUACGGACUCAAGUACUCAGUCGCUCUAUUACAAUGAAUUUCAAGAACGGGUCCUUAACGCUGUUAUUCGACUAAUCACAGCGGAAGAUGAAAAAACUAUGUAUUUAGGUGACGAUUUUUCUGAUUCUGAUAAUUCAGAAAGUUAGACAGAAAAAAAAUGUGUGUGUUUACUUAUGUACCCACGUAAGAAGUUAUACUUCAUUGAUAUGUUGCUAACUUUUAACUUUUUGUUGCUCUUCGUUGACUAGCUAAUUUCGGUUUUUUUCUUAACGGUAUCCGCGCGUUUUCCCCUAACGCGCCAAAAGAAGUAUAACUUCAAAAAUAAUAUGUAAUAGAUUACAAUAUAAUUGAUAUUACAUUUAUAAAUAUUUGUGUUUAUUUUUUCCCCUCAAAACAAGCAAUUAAUUAAAUAAUAAUAAUGGCAAUACUUAAGUAAGAUUUGACAGCUUUUUGGCAACUUAUUUAUCAUUCUCUUUGAUCAUCAUUGUCUAGUGUUUGGUUUAGUGUUUACUAAGGUUAUCAACACGUAAUUAUGAUUCAAUAAAUACCUAAGUUAAACUAGUUAACGAUUAACGACUUCUCUCUAAUCUUAAGUAUACUAUUAAUUAAGAACUUACACUAAAAUGUCGUCUAUGCUUCCGGUAAAAUGGACAUAUUAUAUUUAGAUUAUGAAUAUGAUA